AUGCACGUCGUUGGCCCAGAGCGUGCCUGCGACUGUUUUGGUCUCGGAUUCGAGGUGGACACUUCUUGGAGCUGUGUAUGUGUAUGGGGUGUGUUUACGGGUUGGUGGUUGGUAGAAGCGAUUGAGUGCUCAGAGUCGGAAUGCUUCUGUCUGGGUAUCUGGGGUAGGUAG